CAGCGUAUGUAGGGAAAAAUUUUGACAGCGAAUAUGAAACUACCAGUACAAAGUUAUUUUUGUAUAUAGUACUGAUCCUUGUGUGCGUUGAGAAUCCUCUGUUGAAAGUACGAGUUGGCUAGUUAGCCUCAAAAUAUUAGCUAACGACAAUUACUCAUACAAGAUGUGGAAAUCAGCUUACGUUUACAGAACACGGUGCGCGCGUUAUUCACACCCGGGUCGUGAACUGUCGUCCGCCGUUAAAAUAAGAUAACCACAAAAUGUAAACAAAGUUGAAUUUACUUUUUCAAUUCUCGACAAAAUGGUAGAGAAGAUACAAGUAAAUUCCAAGAAAAUUUAUUUCAUUUUGAUAUUGUUCCAGUUCACAGGUAGCGAAACAGCCCGGGUGGAAAAUAUAGCACUGUAUGAGACUUCAGAAACUGCAAAUAUAAAGAACGGUGUGAUUUACGUCAAACCAGAAACAGAUGUAAAGCUUUGGUUGUUUGGAAGCGAAUUAGACUCUACAGAGAUUUCUUUUUCUAAAGUUGCCAAACCUGUUGACGCACCAUGUGAUAGUGACAGAACCACUGAUCCCUUAAAGGUAGCUACAACUGAUGUUGGUAAAGCAAAUGUAGCUCUGAAUUUUAAGGUAAGUCUCUUUCAAUCUUUUAGGAUUGACUAAAUUUUUGCUUUAAAG